GCUUCUUUACGCAUCAGAAUUCCUGAGCGACAAAUCCACUGAAAGACAUGACGACGCAUUCUCUUCCUUUUUUAGAGAACAGUCCUGGUCAAAACCUCCAGGUGGGAAAUGGAGUAAACAACAUUUUUGUGACACAGUCGCAGGACACCAGAAGGGAAAAAGAUGCCAAUCACAUACCAGUUUUAAAAGUGCCUUCGAGCAGAGUCUUGGAGGCAGGAGUGACUACUUUGCAAAAGACCCUGGUUCUGAAGAAACAGGCAGAGCUGGAUGAGGUGGAGAAGCGACUUGCACUUAAACGGCUGGAUUUUAAAGCCUGCAUGGAGGCCCUAACUCAGCGAAGGUCUGAACUUGAAAUAAAACUACAAGAGACUAAAGAAAAAGUAGGGAAAUUUGAGAAGUUCGUAGCUGAGAAUGAAGCAAAGCGACGCAGAGCGUUAAAGAGCUGUGAAGCUUCACGGGCGCAAAACAUUUUUAAAAAGCAGCAGAUAAAAGAUUUGACAGAACAACUUAAAGGAUUCAGAGACAGGAGGCAAGUUUUAAGGGAGAGAGUGGCAAAAUACAAAAUCUAUGAGGAUUAUUUGAUAAAAACACGAGAUUAUCUCCCCAGCAAUUACCUCGAUGACGGGUCUGAAUCUUUAGUCAUGCCCAUCAUUCGGCGUCAUGAGACCUUAUCCAUCACACACCAGGAGCUGCUGCAACGUUUGCAACGUAUGGAGGUGGAGGUGGAGGAAGGCCAGCGGCAGCUGCAGAAUAUGAAGGAGGAACACAGCGUAAAGAAACUGAUGGCCAAUAAAGAGCUGUUUGAACUGCAGAGUGAGUUAGAGACCCUCAAAGAGAAGAACAAGCAGGCAGAGGUUAAUUUGCAGAUGGAGCAAGACUUAUCCAGAGAGAAGGUUACAGAAGUGGGAAGACUGCUUAUGGCCAUCAGCAACCUUGCAGAACAGUGUUACCUACCAGAAUACGGACCGCUGGAAAAGAUGAACGCGCUGACAAUGAUGGACAUGGUGAAGGAGUACAUUCUGGACAAGGCAGACACGGAGAGGAGAGCGAGGAGGAUGAUGGAAUUGGGGACUUCGAUGACAAGCACAACCGCCGUGGCAAACAAAAGAGAGAGGGGGUCAAUGAGAAGCUUUGGAAGUAAAACACAAAUCAAAAGUUCAAGUAAAGUCAGCAGAAGGAGUGAGACAUUUGGUUGAUGUUGUGGUUUGAGUAUUCAUCACAGUGUUGUCUCUUAUGGUUUGUUGAGAGUGGAGGUUCGUUCUUGAGGUGGGAAGAAGCCCUUUAAACCACUUCGUAGCAAAUGAAGUGUUACCAAAACCUUGAGAAAAAAAAGCUUGUAGGAGAACAUAAUGUAUUUUUUUUUCAUUAUUUGCCUUUAUAACAUUUGUUCAGUGUUUCAAAAAUCUGUGCACCAACCUUUGCACUUAAGACGUCAUAGACAAGGAAAUGAAAACGUAGCUGUUUGAAAUGAGAUCCUCAUGUUUAACAGG